GAGAAGGGAGUUGUGGGCUUCGAUUUCUCUCAUUCUGGGUUGAUUCCUUCGCCCGCCGUCCGAUUGCUUCGCGUGGAGCGUUCGGGUGACCGUCGUACGAUUGAGUUUGUUGGAUUCUUCUGUCGAAAUCUGAUUUGGUAAAAUGCAGCUACCAUGUUACAUUCUUGCCCUCACAUUUGUCUUCGGAUUUGGUUACCGAAAGUACCUUGCGAACAAAGGGAGAUGGAUAUGGACGCUUUAGUACUGUAAUCGUAAAUCCAAUUGUUGUACUGAGAUUGAAAUGGCUGACAAGAGGUUGCAAGCGGUUGCGGUUGCGGUUGGGAAGAAGAGUGAUGGGUUCCUUCUCCCCUUUCCAGGAUUGGGCUUUUCAUGGAACUCCCAGGAGGGAUUUUACCGCUCUGAUGGCUUGUUUGCGAGUGUUGGGCAGAUGGGAGUUGGCUUCGGGGUUUCUCCGAAUUCUCCUAAGCCUACAAACAACAGCGCAAAGGUGCCGGGAAUUGAUCUCUACGUCAAGUAUGUGUCCCCGGAGGUUGGGUGUCGCGUUCUGGGAGCUGCCACCGCGUCUGCAGUUGAAGCGACUGAUGUCAUAGAGGAAGCAGUGGUUAGAAAGAAUGAGAAGAAGGGUGGGUUGAAAGUGAAGAUUAGGAUAGGAAACCCCCAUUUUAGAAGAUUGGUCAGUGGAGCAAUUGCUGGAGCAGUGUCACGGACCACAGUUGCGCCUUUGGAAACGAUCAGGACGCAUCUUAUGGUAGGAAGCAAUGGGAACUCAACAGCAGAAGUGCUCCAGUCUAUAAUGAAGACGGAGGGGUGGAAAGGGCUCUUCCGUGGCAAUUUUGUCAAUGUCAUCCAUGUUGCACCAAGCAAGGCCAUUGAGUUAUUUGCUUAUGACACAGCUAAGAAGGUUUUGACCCCUAAGGAUGGAGAACUACCCAAACUUCCCAUCCCCUCGUCGAUCGUCGCAGGGGCAUUUGCUGGAGUCAGCUCAACCCUCUGUACAUAUCCUUUGGAACUACUCAAGACUCGACUAACUAUACAGAGAGACAUGUACGACAAUCUUCUACAUGCUUUCCUGAAGAUCGUACGUGAGGAAGGUCCUUCGGAGCUGUACAGGGGUCUUACUCCAAGUCUCAUAGGAGUCAUGCCGUAUGCUGCCACUAAUUACUUUGCUUAUGAUACCCUAAAGAAACUUUACAGAAAGACAUUCAAGACGGAGGAAAUCGGCAAUGUUGCCACUCUUCUGAUUGGUUCAGCAGCUGGUGCUCUUUCGAGCAGCACCACAUUUCCGCUUGAAGUUGCUCGGAAGCAUAUGCAGGUCGGAGCCGUUGGUGGCAGGAAGGUCUACAAGAACAUGCUUCACGUGCUCUUGAGCAUACUGGAGAAGGAAGGGAUCGGAGGGCUCUACAAAGGGUUGGGGCCGAGUUGCAUGAAGUUGGUGCCUGCUGCUGGGAUCUCAUUCAUGUGCUAUGAGGCUUGCAAGAAGAUCUUAAUCGAUGAGGCAGAGGAGGAUGCAUAAUUCUAUUAUAUUCUCCUAACAACGAUGACGGAACCACGAACUAAGACAUUUUGAAGCUUUCGAGCACUUGAAGUUUUUUCUCAUGUUGUUUAGAUUUUUUUUAGAUUAAAAAUAUUAUAUUUAAUAAUGAUGCAGAAUGUAGCUGAUAA